AUGAAUGCAGAUGCUGACCACCUCCCAACAGGAGCCCAGGCAGUGAGUGUGCCGAUAUGGACUACAUCCAGUUGGACAGCUUCGGAAGUCCCUCCCAACACGAGCACCUCCUUAGCAGAAAUAGACCAGCAAGGCGAGGCAGAGUGGAGUGGCAAGGCAGGUGAGAUUGCAGGGAUGGUGGUAAUACAGUGUAUCUAUGCCCUGGUGUGUCUACUUGGGUUGCUGGGCAACUCCCUGGUGAUCUUCGUGAUCUUGCGCUAUGCAAAGAUGAAGACAGCCACCAAUAUCUACCUGCUCAACCUGGCCAUUGCUGAUGAACUCUUCAUGCUCAGCAUCCCCUUUGUGGCCACGUCAGCUGCCUUGCACCACUGGCCCUUUGGCCGGGCCCUGUGCCGUACCGUGCUGGGUGUAGAUGGGCUUAACAUGUUCACUAGCGUCUUCUGCUUGACUGUGCUCAGCCUGGACCGCUACAUUGCAGUGGUGCAUCCUCUCAGAGCAGCCACGUACCGCCGGCCUCGAGUGGCCAAGAUGGUCAAUGGGGGUGUGUGGUUACUCUCCUUGCUGGUAGCCUCACCUAUUCCCAUCUUUGCUGGUACAGCAACUACCCAUGAUGGCCAGGCUGUAGCAUGCAACCUGUUGUGGCCAAGCCCUGCCUGGUCGGCUGCUUUUGUUGUCUAUACAACCUUACUGGGAUUCCUGCUGCCAGUGCUAGCAAUGGGUCUGUGCUACCUGCUGAUUGUGGGAAAGAUGCGGGCAGUGGCUCAGCGAGUGGGCUGGCAGCAGCGCAGGCGCUCUGAGGGCAAGCUCACACGGCUGGUGCUCAUGGUGGUUGCCAUGUUUGUGGUGUGCUGGAUGCCCUUCUAUGUGGUCCAGCUGGUGAACCUUCUGCUGCCUGGCCGCUUGGAUGCCACUGUGAACAAUGCCUCCCUCAUUCUCAGCUACUCCAACAGCUGUGCCAACCCCAUCCUCUAUGGUUUCCUCUCUGAGAACUUCCGGCACUCCUUCCACGGCGUGCUGCGGCAGUGCUUUGACAUUAGCUUCUGCUGCUGCCACACUGACUCAGAGAUGGCAGAGGAGGAGGAGGAGGAAGAGGAACCUCUUGACUACUGUGCCACUCCCCGGGGGGAUGACAAGAAUAAGGGCUGCAUGUGCCCACCGCUGUCUUGCCAGCAGGAGCCAGUGCACCCUGAGCCCUACUGCAAGCCUGGCACCCUCGUUACAAAGACCACUACCUUCUAA